CACCUCACCCACAUACUCUUCUUCACACUCUUUUCUUCAUACAUUAAAAAUGAUUAUCGACAUCUCCAACCAAUACGGCUAUACUCUCGCCGUCUCGGUCGCCUCGACCAUCCUCGUUACAGCGCUCGGCUUCAAGGUCGGCAGCUACCGCCAGAUCGCAGGUGUGCCCCUCCCCAACAUGUACGCCGAUGACGCCGAGGCCCGCAAGGACAAGAAGAAGAUGAUCUUCAACUGCAAGCAGCGUGUCCACCAGAACACCCUCGAGGGCUUUGCCCCCUACCUGGUUUCGCUUUUGGUCGCUGGUCUCCGUUACCCCAUUGCCGCCCCCGCCCUGGGCUCGGUCUGGAUGUUGGGUCGUAUGGCUUACAGUGUCGGAUACACCAGUGGUGACCCAGCCAAGCGUCAGAUGGGUGUCUGGGGACAUAUUGGAGAUAUCGGUCUGUUGGCCUUGACCGGAAAGAUCGCCUAUGAUAUGAUCAUGGCUUCCUUCUAAGGAGAUCACCGGCAAAAUUUUGUAUUACCACAUUUAAUCUAGAUCCGAAACAGAAAAUAUAUAUUUUUUUCUUGCCCAUUAAAAUCGACGGAUGCAGCGUAGCUGUGGCCCCCGAGUAAUGAAAAAGCACGGUCAUAAAAAGUCGCAGAACGAUAUCUUGAGC